CCUUGCCAGCUCUGUCCCCCACGAUGCAGAUGGGCACCAUUGCACGCUGGGAAAAGAAGGAGGGUGACAAGAUCGGUGAAGGGGAGCUCAUAGCAGAGGUGGAGACAGAUAAAGCAACAGUUGGCUUUGAAAGCCUGGAGGAAUGCUACUUGGCCAAGAUCCUGGUGCCAGAAGGAACAAGAGAUGUUCCUAUUGGGGCCAUAAUAUGUAUCACAGUAGAAAAACCUGAACAUGUGGAUGCCUUUAAAAAUUAUACUCUGGAUUCUGCAGCAUCUGCCCCCCCUGCAGCCUCAGUGCCUCCCCCUCAAGCUGCAACUCCCUCACCACCAACUCAGCCUUCUCCUCAGGCUCCUGGCAGCUCUUACCCUCCUCACAUGCAGAUCACUCUCCCUGCCCUGUCACCUACCAUGACAAUGGGCACAGUGCAGAGAUGGGAGAAGAAGGUCGGGGAGAAACUGAAUGAGGGAGACUUACUGGCAGAAAUUGAGACAGAUAAAGCCACGAUAGGCUUUGAAGUGCAGGAGGAAGGCUACUUGGCAAAAAUCUUGGUGCCUGAAGGAACAAGAGAUGUGCCAUUAGGAACUGCUCUCUGUAUCAUUGUGGAGAAAGAGUCUGAUAUUCCAGCCUUUGCUGACUACCAAGACACUGCAGUAACUGACAUGAAGGCACAAGCUCCUCCUCCUCCACCAGUGGUGGCAACUCCUGCUGCUGUUCCUCCUCCCCAGCCUGCUGUUCCUUCCACUCCAGCAGUCCCAACAGCUGGGCCACCUCCCCGGAAGGGAAGGAUCCUGGUUAGUCCCCUGGCAAAGAAAAUGGCAGUGGAAAAAGGAAUUGACCUUGCCCAAGUGAAAGGUACUGGACCAGAUGGUAGAAUCACAAAGAAAGACGUGGAGUCAUUUGUGCCACCAAAGGUUGCUCCAGCUCCAGCACUAGAGGCAGUUCCUGCAGCUGCUGCAGUUGCAGCAGCACCAGUGGGGACCUUCACAGAUAUCCCUGUCAGCAACAUUCGGAGGGUCAUUGCUCAGCGGUUGAUGCAGUCUAAACAAACAAUACCUCACUACUACCUUUCUGUUGAUGUAAACAUGGGAGAAGUACUGGUGCUAAGGAAAGAACUCAAUCAGGUCUCAGACAACAUUAAGCUUUCUGUCAAUGACUUCAUAAUUAAAGCUUCUGCUCUGGCAUGCUUGAAGGUGCCUGAGGCAAAUUCUUCGUGGAUGGACACAGUUAUUAGGCAGUAAGUUUAUGUGGAUAUUAGCGUUGCAGUUAGUACUCCUGCAGGGCUUAUAACCCCUAUUGUGUUUAAUGCACAUAUAAAGGGCCUGGCUUCCAUUAGUAAGGAUGUGGUUUCUUUGGCAACCAAAGCCCGAGAAGGUAAACUUCAGCCUCAUGAAUUCCAGGGUGGUACUUUCACAAUUUCCAAUUUAGGAAUGUAUGGAAUUAAGAAUUUCUCUGCCAUAAUCAAUCCACCUCAAGCCUGUAUCCUUGCAGUUGGUUCCUCAGAGAAAAGGCUAGUGCCAGCUGAUAAUGAGAAAGGAUUUGAUGUGGCCAGUGUGAUGUCCGUCACACUUAGCUGUGACCAUCGUGUUGUAGAUGGAGCAGUUGGAGCACAAUGGCUUGCUGAAUUCAAGAAUUUCCUUGAAAAGCCAUUAACCAUGCUGCUAUAAUUUAACCAUGCAAGCAAAAUUUUCCUGGGUCACACUGUUUUGUUUUAAACAAGCUAUUUAGACUUUAGUGUUCAGACUUAUUGAAAGAGUUCCUUUUUUAUUUUAAAUAUGUAUUAUAUUAUCUGGUAAUGUUAUUACCAGUCUGUACAGAAAAAGUUUGCAAAAGUGCUUUUCAUAGCAAUAUUACAGCUAUACUGUAUUUUUAUACAGUUAGUUAACUUGCAAACUAUUCCAAAACAGAGUUGAGCAUCCCAGAUUUAAAAAUGAUCCAAGCAGUAUGCGUACUGCCAUCUGCUUCUAAACUAGGGUGAACAGGGGGGUGCAUACCAAGCAAUUUCAUGAACUCGGUGUUCUUGGAAAUUUGAAUUACAAACAUCUCUUCACAGGAGUUCAGAUGAGAUGGUAACUGAAACGUACAAGUUAGUAGAAGGUGAAUUCCCUUAUUAUCCUGUUCUGCAUGGUUGAGCAUGACAGAUGCACUAAGGGACUGAAGUGCCCGGGAAUAGUUUCUCAAGGGCCAAGUGCUAGCAUUCCAAAUCUCUCUUGGAAUUUGGCACUGGUCUGGACCGUCUCAGCUAUGUGAUGGUCCCUUUUGAGCACUUUAAGGUGAAAGA